AUGACCCGCGACGAGGAUAAUGGUUUUAGUGAAUGGGGCGGCUACUUCGAAGCCAAGAAAUCUAAACUGGAGGAGCAGUUCGCUGCCGCCAGCGAUCCAUUUCGCAAGUCGGACCUCUUCGAAGGAAUUUCUAUAUUUGUGAACGGUCGGACCGACCCUUCGGCGGAUGAACUGAAGCGGAUCAUGAUGGUGCACGGCGGGACCUUUCACCACUACGAAAGGAGCCACACGACGUAUAUAAUAGCCUCCGUUCUGCCCGAUGUGAAGGUCAGGAACAUGAAUCUCAGCAAGUUCAUCAGCGCCAAGUGGGUGGUGGAUUGUCUGCAGAAAAAGAAGAUAGUAGACUACAAGCCCUAUCUGCUGUACACGAACCAGAAGACAUCGCAGCCCCGGCUCAUGUUUGGCAAACCCAAAGACAACGACGCAAAUGACAGCAAAUCGGAUGUGGAGCCGCCGAAAGAUAAAGCGGAAAUGGAGGUAGACUCUACAAACGAUGAAUCACAAAUGGAGUUGGGUGGCAUUCUCAAGCAUUUGCAUCAGGCUGUGGCCACUUCGCCGGAAAAGGCGGACAGUGCAUCAGAGAGCAAGAUCACAAACUUAUCCACCACCUCGAAUAACUCGACCACCGCUCGCACAGCCGCAGAUCCAAACUUCUUAAGUGAAUUCUAUAAAAACUCACGACUGCAUCACAUCGCCACCCUAGGCACGGGCUUCAAGCAGUAUGUCUGCCGGUUGCGUCAGAAGCAUGGUACCCAGGGCUUUCCCAAUAGAGAGACACUGAAGUACCUCGCGAAUUCACAACAAAAUGGAUUGGAUCGCUAUGUGAUGCACAUUGACAUGGACUGCUUCUUUGUGUCCGUGGGCCUAAGAGCCCGUCCUGAGCUUCGUGGGUUGCCGAUUGCGGUGACCCACUCGAAGGGAGGUAACGCAGCCACCGAUGUACCGGUGCAUCCGCAGGCGGACCGAAAGGCAGAGCUGGAACUCUUUGCCCAGCGCUUCGAGCACCAUUUCCACGAUGGAGACAAGGCGGAAAAGGUGCGCUCGGGCUUCGACAAGAAAAUGUCGCUCUCGGAGAUCGCCUCCUGCAGCUACGAGGCGCGGGAAAAGGGUAUCCGCAAUGGAAUGUUUGUGGGCCAGGCCCUGAAGCUGUGCCCGGAGCUAAAGACGAUUCCGUACGACUUCGAAGGUUACAAGGAGGUGGCUUUCACUCUGUACGACACAGUGGCUCAGUACACCUUAAACAUCGAGGCUGUGAGUUGCGACGAGAUGUUUGUGGAGCUAACCGAUCUGGUAGACGAACUCAAUGUAGAUGUGAUGGCUUUUGUGAGUCACCUCAGGCAGGAGGUGUACUCCAAAACGGGAUGUACGUGCUCAGCAGGGGUGGCAAGCAACAAGUUGCUGGCACGUAUGGCCACCAAGGAGGCCAAGCCGAACGGCCAGUUCUUGUUGGAUUCGAAAAAUGAUAUUUUGGCCUAUAUGGCGCCGAUGUCUUUGGAUUUACUGCCCGGAGUGGGCAGCAGCAUAAGCCAUAAGCUCAAGCAGGCGGGACUGAAUAAUUGCGGAGAUGUUCAGAAAACAACGUUGGGGAGGCUGGAAAGAGUGCUGGGCAAAAAGCUUGGUCAGAAUUUGUUCCAGAACUGCAGAGGAAUUGAUGAUCGUCCUUUGGCUUACGAGCAGCCCCGCAAAACAGUUUCUGCCGAAAUGAACUUUGGUAUCCGCUUUACCAACUCGGCCGAGUGCGAACAAUUUCUGUGUCAGCUCAGCGACGAGGUUACUAAGCGUCUGGUUGAGAUCAAGCGCAAGGCUAGAUCGGUUAACCUGAAGAUAAUGGUGCGCGCCGCCGAAGCGCCAGUCGAAACCUCCAAGUACAUGGGCCACGGAGUUUGCGAUACCAUCAACAAGUCCUCUUUGAUCAAACAUGCUACGGAUGAUGUAAAUGUAAUCACCACGGUGGUCCUGAACCUGAUGAAAGAAGCCGAUAUACCGCCCCACGAAUUGCGUGGGUUAGGCAUACACCUCACUAGGCUGGAGGAUGCCAGCGCAGUUCGGAAGGAGAACAUUAUCAAGCAGAUGUUCGGCAAAAUGUCCGAAAUGAAGAAAGAUAAACCCAUACCCCAAGAAGCAGUUGGCGGAAUAGCAGUAUCCGGAGAAGUAGGCGAUGAUAAAGUCAAAAAAUCAUCGAUGUUUGAAAAUAAACCUAAGCCCCGGGAGCCCAGGAAUGUGUUCAGUAUGCUCACGGCAGCAGCGGUGAGCAGGAAAUCGGUAACCGAAGACAGGAGUCAAAGAGGAACUGCAAAGCCGAUAACUCGGCCAUUAUCCCUUGUACCAAAGCUGGAUGAGGAUGUUUUGGCUCAGCUGCCGGAGGAUAUACGCCUCGAGGUGAUUGCCAAUAAGGAGGAACACCUCUGCAUAGCCGAGUACGAUGAAAAUCGUUCUCCACAAUACCCGGCCCUCCAAUCACCGCCUUUAUUAAAUCCGUCUGUCUCCACCAACCUGAGCCCGCUAAAGGCCACCGAUCUUAAGCCAUCUACUUCCCGGGCGGCUGUGGCUAGAUUGCAACAGCGCAAGGAGCGCAAGGAACAAGAGCAUUACAUCCGAUCGGAUCACAUUGUGGCAGACUACAUUGAGGAUAUGCCUAACUUUGUGCAUCCCCAUAUUCUGAAGCUCAUCUCACAUCCCGUCACGGAGGUGCCGGAGAUACCCGAGCUGCUGAUGGGGGACAAAUACAAGGACUUGCUGAACCAUUGGGUCAGUCGCGAUGAGGCGCCAAGCCCGAAUGACGUGGAUCUAUUUCUCAAGCAGGUUUCUCGUAUGAUUAGGAACGACCAAUUGGACCACAUGUGCGAUGUGAUGAAGUAUUUGUGCCGCAUCAUCAAUAUGAAACGCAGCUGCUCUUGCUGCUGGCAUAUGGCUUACAAGCACAUUGAGCAGGUUAUCCAGAACCAAAUGCUCACGAUUGAGGGUUACAAUCUGCUGUUCAUUGAGUACAUUCGGUGCAGAAAGUGCUCUUAAGGUCCUGGCCAUUUAGAACGCAUGUUGGGUGCCAUUCAGAAUAAUUAAUUUAAUAAUGUAACGCCAAGCUAUGAAUGCGGCCAGCUGAUAAAGUUAAUGAGCCAUCCAUUAAUCCGAACAAAAAUGAGAACAUUCUGAUGAAUCCCUUAUCAGAAUGCAGACCACAUAACUGACCUGUUGAUCUCUGGUUAUAAUUUUGAAUAAAUGUAACCUACAAGAAAACGAA